GCUCAAGUGGGUGCACAAGCACAUGGCGACCGACGCGUCCUCCCUCUGGUCGGGAGACGCCUCCCCGCCGCCCGAGGCGGCGACGCGCAUCUUCAUCGGCCAGCCCGUCGGGAUCACCGACGAGUACGCCGCGCUCCGCCUCGCGAUGGGCGCCGAGCUGCUGCUCGAGGCGCACGCGGGCGAGUACGACCCCGAGGUGGACGCGCGGGUGGUGCGCAAGCUGCGCUGGCUGCUGCGCGCGCUGAACCGCUCGCGCGCGCGCGAGGCGCUGCGCACGGCCGACGCGAUCUGCUUCGACGUGGACGCGACGGUGAUCCGCGAGGAGGGCAUCAACCGGCUCGCCACGCACAACGGGUGCGGCGAGCAGAUCGAGGCGAUGACGGUGCGCACGAUGGAGGGCGACACUCCCUUCCACGAGGCGCUGCGCGAGCGGCUCGACAUCAUCCGGCCGUCGCAGUCCGACGUGGCGAGUCUGAUCGCGCAGAACGCAAAGGACGAGCUCCUCUCGCCGGGCGUCGCCGACCUCGUCCGCUCGCUGCACGAGUCGGGCCGCCCCGUCUUCCUCCUCUCGGGCGGCUUCCGGCAGAUCAUCAACCCCUUCGCGGCUCAGCUCGGCGUCGAAGAGAGCCACGUCUAUGCGAACACGCUCCUCUUUGACGAGCAGGGCGACUACUCGGGCGUCGACCCGACCGAGCUCACCUCGCAGCCCUCGGGCAAGGCGCGCGUCAUCUCGAUGCUCAAGGAGACGCACGGCUUCGAGAAGGUGGUCAUGAUCGGCGACGGCGCGAACGACAUGUCCGCGCGCGACUGCCCCGACCACGCCGCGAACGGCGCCGACGUCUUCAUCGGCUUCGGCGGCGUCAAGGUGCGCGAGACGGUCCGGCAGGGCGCCGACUGGUUCGUCACCGACUUUAACGAGCUCUCGGCCGAGCUGUGAGCCAAGGGCUCUCUCUCUCUCUCUCUCUCUCUCUCUCUCUCUCUCUCUCUCUCUCUCCUUUCUCUGGGGGCCGAGCUCCGGGCUCGGGCGGUUCGCUGGGACGCGAGGGCGGAUGGGUGGCGAGAGGGGCGCAAGCAGACGGACGCCGGGAGGGCCGCACUGUCCGGCAGGCGCCGGGGAGGAUCUGCACAUUUCCCCGUGUCGCUUUGCCUUUGGCGCAUCCGGUUGUGGGGUGGACGGGGAUGGGGGCUGCGCGGGGGUCGUUGUCUUUGGAGGGCGGGAUCGCGGCUGAGGACGCGGACCGAGAGGGGACGCUGUGGUCUGUGCCGAGGCAUUA